AUGGAACGCAAUGCAGAGCAAGAUGCGGAUACGGACAAAUAUUCUCACAUUGUGUCCGGUGUAAUUCAUGAAUACGAUGUAAUAGAGAAUGAGGCAGAUCAAGAUGAUAAUGAUUUUCCAACAAAUCAGCAGCAGUCUAAUGAAGGGAACUCAAAUGGGAAUCAUGCCCCGGCACAGAUUAGCAGUAGACAUCGUUUAUCCAGUUCAGAAAGAUCCAAUACAUUAACAGAGGAGAAAAUUGAAACAGUUUCUUGUCCUAAAAUUAACUGUCCAGAGAAAAUUAUAUUUUGUAUUGAUGCAAGUGUUGAAAUGGAAAAGAUGAGCUUCAGAUCAAGAGCAGGGUAA